CCCAACUCUAGUUUACACCCCACCCCCAACUCUAGUUUACACCCCACCCCCAGCUCUAGUUUACACCCCACUCCCAGCUCUAGUUUACACCCCACCCCCAGCUCUAGUUUACACCCCACCCCAAGCUCCAGUCCCCAGCCAGACCCCCGCUCGAGUCUACCCAACAGGCCAACAAUGGAGGAUGCUUGCUGUUUCUACGAGACCACAAACUAUGAAGCCAAAUGUAGAGACCCUCAUGCCUAUCUAUCCAGGCUCAGCUUACUAGUGCAUCAGAACAGCAGUAAAUAUUUCCCAUUGAAAGCAUCUAAAAAGUCGGCACAACAAUUUGAGAACCUGGAAUCUAGAAACAUGUCUUCUCCAGCCCUCGCAACUCCAUAUAUGGGCUCGUCACAGUUUGGAAAUGACCCAGAAAGCCAGAUGUAUCAGGAAAGGCCUUACGAUUUAACGAUGCAUACCAAUGCCCCUUACAUCCCAGCCCCUCCCAUUAUCAAAUCUGAACCCAGAGAUCUGAGCUACGAACAGAACGAUGGGCAGAGUUCCUGUGCAAACUACCCCAGAAAUGACUUCACCUAUCAUGACAGCCCCUCUGAAGGUAUACCCUACCCCUGUGACAACAGUUUGAGGAUGUUUUAUCCUGAUGACCGUGGCUGUAUUGACAGAUACCCAACUUCAAGGCUGGACAAAUUCACUGGAAAAGCAUUUGAAGGUAUUGAAGUGAAGCAGGAGAUGUAUAGAGAUUGCUUCAUGGAGAGGUACUUGAGGGAGCCUCCUCCUCUCCCCACCUACCAGAGAAGAGGUUCGCUACAACUCUGGCAGUUUCUAGUCGCUCUCCUGGAUGACCCUUCUAAUACUACAUGUAUAGCGUGGACAGGAAGGGGACUGGAGUUCAAACUCAUCGAGCCUGAAGAGGUGGCUAGAAGGUGGGGUCUACAGAAGAACAGACCAGCCAUGAACUAUGACAAAUUAAGCAGAUCAUUGAGAUACUACUAUGAGAAAGGUAUCAUGCAGAAGGUAGCAGGAGAAAGAUAUGUUUAUAAAUUUGUAUGCGACCCAGAGGCCUUGUUCACCAUGGCAUUUCCUGAUAAUCAGAGACCUGUUUUAAAAACGGAUCCCCUCCAAGUGUCUACGGCUAAUAAGGGGGACUUUUGUUUGCGGGAACCUGCUCCCGCACACAGGGAGGCUGGGGCUGGUUUACGAGAAAUGGCACCAGUCUCGCCAGAGAGCCAGUCCCUGACACUUAAGACAUGCGUUAGUACUUCGUACACAAACUCUAGCCAUGUUUCACCAUGUAAUGGACAAAGUAUGAACCUGCUGUGUGCUCCUAAUGUGGGCCCCAGUCAUUGUGGCCCUAGUAGCCACAGUUCACCUCAGCAAAGUCCUAGCUCAGAGAUGACCUUCCCACCUAUGUCUGUACAUGGAUACAACAUACAGAGUGUCAACAGGAGUUGUAAUCCAGGCACAUAUAUUGAGGACUAUGUAUACUAGUGGACUAAAAAGUAGAAUAAGCAUAUAUACAGUAAAUGUAAUAUUAGUUUGAAAGACUUGUGUGCGUGUGAAAAUAUGAGAUACUAUACAUUAGUACCAGGUGCUGCUAAGACACAAAAUGAAUGUAAAUAGAAAAUCGUAUAUGAAAAGGCACUCAUUUUUAUUUCCGAAAUUAAGGAUGUUUCAAGUGAUAUUCCUAAUUCUUUUUGGGCUCAAAUAAAAAGCCUAGUCCACUGAUGAUAGCCACAUUACUUUUUCCAGACUGGUACUCAUCACAUCUCUCUGUUUCACUAGUAACAUCCUCUGACAUUAUUAAUGCUUCAAGAUUGAAAUGGGGGAGGGGGGAGGGGGUUAUGACUGUCAGAAAGUGUGAUGAUUAUCAGUUAAAUAAAAGAUGAGCUGAGGUGGAACAUCUCAAAAUGCAUUGAAUCUGGUGUCCAGAUCACCAAACCAUGGAUUUUUUAGGAUGCUUUGUCUCGAAAGUUCAUAACCAAACAAUCCAAAAUAU